AUGGCCGGUUGUGCAGCAGAGGAGAAAACCUUCCGACGGUUCCUGGAGCUCUUUCUCCGGGAGAUGAGCCCUCCUCUGCAGGACAGCGACCCGCUGCCCUCGCGCCCUUUGACGGACCUGGUGUGCGAGGACGAGGUGGAGGGGGAAUGCCUCGAUUUGUGUCUGCAACACCUCUACAAAUAUAACUGCCCGUGCUCGCUGGCUGCGGCCUUGGCAAGGGCCACGUCUGACAGCAUCCUGCAGAGCGACCUCACCAUUCACCACCUCAUCAAGAGUGCCGAAGACGGAGUCGGGCCCUUACCGCAGAUCGAGGCGGUGAAGUUGGCGCGACUCAUCUUCAAGCGGCUUUUCGAGACGUGCGGUGCGUGGACCAAGGAGCUGCCCUACCGGCGCCGCCCGCAGCCCUACUACGAGACCUCCAUCCACGCCAUCAAGAACAUGAGGCGCAAGAUGGAGGACAGACACGUCAUUAUCCCUGACUUCAACACGCUCUUCAACAUUCAGGAUCAGGAAGAACAGGCAUUCUUCGCCGUGUUUGACGGACACGGAGGCGUUGACGCCGCCAUUUACGCGGCCAACCAUCUCCACGUCAACCUGGCGCGUCAGGACUCCCUAUCGCAAGACCCCGGCGAGGCCCUCCGUCGCGCCUUCAAAAUCACCGACGAGCAUUUCGUCAAGAAAGCCUCACGCGAGAACCUGCGCUGCGGUUCGACGGGCGUGGUGACGUUCCUCCGUGGCCGAACGUUGCACGUGGCCUGGCUGGGGGACUCCCAAGUCAUUCUGGUCCGCCGGGGAGAAGUGGUGGAGCUGAUGAAACCGCAUAAACCAGACAGAGAGGAUGAGAAACAAAGAAUCGAAGCUCUGGGAGGCUGCGUUAUCUGGUUCGGGACGUGGAGAGUUAACGGGAGUCUGUCCGUAUCUAGAGCCAUAGGCGAUUCGGAGCACAAGCCCUACAUCUGUGGGGACGCCGACCACGCCGCCUUCCCGUUGGACGGCUCGGAGGACUACCUGCUCUUGGCCUGCGACGGCUUCUGGGACACGGUGAGUCCCGACGAAGCGGUGCGCGUGGUGAGCGACCACCUCCAGGAGAACGCCGGCGACACCGCCAUGGUGGCGCACAAGCUGGUGGCCUCGGCUCGCGACGCCGGCUCCAGCGACAACAUCACCGUCAUCGCCGUGUUCCUGCGGGACCCGCGAACCCCUCCGCCGGAAGAGGAGCCCGCGGCGGAGGCGGAGGAGGAACCCGAAGAGGAAGAAGAAGAGGAGGAGGAGGCGGCCCGGGCCGAGCGAAGCGGCGAGGCGGGCAGCGCGGCGGACAACGGGGGGAAAAGCCGAGGAGGGUGGCCCCUGCAGCAGUGCUCGGCCCCCGCCGACCUGGCCUACGAAGACCGCACGGACUCUUUCACGGACAGAACCAGCCUCAGCCUGCUGGGGCCCGCCCUCGGGGGCCGCGUCCCUUCCUUCUUAGAUAAACGCCCAUUGAGGCGCAGGUACCGCCGCACUUUCACGGACCUGCCGGGGCCCUGGACCGCCUCGCCAUUCGGCCGGGUCCCCGGGCCUAGCCGCUUGUUCGCGAGCCCGAGGUGCCGCCGCAGAUUCGCCGAGCCGUUUAGCUCGGCGCCCCUCCGCGGGCCGGGAGUGGCCCUGCCCCGACUGCCCUGCGACACCGCCAUCUGA